UGGGAGGACGGCAGGGGAGGGUCCGACGGGAAGUCCCGCCCCAGCCUCUCUCGCCUCCUGCGCAGUCACCCUUCUCCUGUGUGAGGCGGUCCCGGAGCGGGGCGGGCGUCGCGGGCCCGGGCCUCGCAGCCCGCCAGCCCUACGCUGAGCUGCCUCCUGCGCCUGGCCCGGCCCGCAGCCGUGGAACAAGUUUCUAGAGCUAUACUCCCCAGGUGUAGUUGCAGCUCCAGUUUGGUCCCCCGGUCGAUGCUGACACCUAAGGCCCAGCUGAUUUCUCUUCAUCUCUGCGAAGUUACUGCACCAUGGCAGGCCAACUGUUCUAUCGGUGGAUGCGCAGAACUCACCGCCGGAAAAUGGAAGAACCUCCAAAGAACAUUGAAGAAUUCUUAAAGAUUCAAAAUUGGGAUUAUUGGCCAAGGGAAAUCCCUUUUGAAGAUGAUGAUAAAUGGUUAUACACUCUGAAGAAAAUAGAAGAAGAUACUUCAUUUAGUUCAAUUUAUACACAUCUGUGGGGAAAGGUACCACGAAUAUAUGAUCCACUCCUGAUCAUGGAGUCAAGAUUAGAGGAAUGUUUAAUUCUUCUGGAAAACCACGCCUCCAAAAUAUUUGAGUGGAACAGAGUACUUUCCAAGACAAGUUCUCAUGAAAAAUUGGAAAGAUACAAGGCAUUUCUAAGGAAGUACCAGAAGAAAAAGAAGAUAAUGCUUUCGGCUGAAAUGGAAACAAAGAAGAAUAUAGAGGGUUGCAACUUCUCAGGAUUCAAAACAAAUGAGCUUACUCAACUACCCAGACAUUUGGAUGCUGAACGAAUUUAUCUUUAUAUUUUAAAAGCCCAUAACUUUGAUGAAAAAGUUUUUAAAAUCUGGAAGACUUAUUUUCUCUCAGAAGCCUCUAUUGCUCUUUUGCAUGAUUGCUUUUGGUGGUGGUUUCUCCAUAAAUUUAAGCCUAACAGAGAAAAUCAAGAUUCCUUGUUUGAUAGAAUUUCAGAAAGUUAUGUGACACUUUUUAUGAGCAUACCUCUAAGUCGAAAGGAUGCAUUCUUUCAGGUAUAUCCUGAUUGUUUGGCACAAGCUAUCUAUGCAGCAUUCCAGGAAGCGUUUCCAGAAUCCAGUAAUCUCUUUAAUGAUGAAUUUAAACAAGAUCUAGGGAAUAACAUUUUUCUUUGGUUGUCAGGUUUAAAACCUCAUAAAGGCUUUUGGACCCACUGGAAACUGAACAAACUCGCCACAACGACGAUACAUGGUACCAAGAAAAUACCUUCAGAUGCUGUAAAGGACUGUAUUGCAAGGAGUCAGGAACGCAUAACAGCUUCUAUAGACUUCAAUAUGGCGGAAAUUUUAAAGAACCCAAGAGCAUAUACACUGCUCACGUCCAAGGAAGAACCAAGAUUAUCAAGUCUAACAACCAAGUCCCAUUAUAGUAGCAGUGGUCCAGAGUUUAACCGUGUGCUCUUCAAUUUUGGAGGUCAGAGUCCUCUGAUUCUCUAUUAUCUUAAGAUGCAUGAGUUAAAUGGUAUUUCCAAAAUCCCUAGACAAACCAAGAUUAAGUUCACUGAGAUAUUACGAGAACCACCACCUGCUCCAACUUACCGUGAUAUUAUAAAGGAGGCAAAAAGACAAUUUGCAAAGAACCAAAAGGAUUUGAGGAUGGAAAAGCACAGAAUUAGUGAAGAAAUAAAACUCCUAAGACAGCGGCAGGAAAGAAUUGACAAGGAGCUUGACAGACUCCAAACAAAAGCUACCAAGAAACCUCAUGAAGCUAAGGAUGACUUUGAGAAGUUCCUACAUAAAGUGCGUCCUGAAGCUCAAAUUGAGAGAGAAUUUCUGGCAUCACUAUCAUCAUCAUCAACAACAGAAAACUGCAACUUGGAGGAAGAGGAAAGUCAAGAAAAACCAGAAAUCAACUUUAUUUAAGACCAUUGCUUACAAUUCGAUUGUAUCAGUUUAAUUGUAGCACUAUGUUUAACUCCAGUUCAAUCCAUGAGGUCAGAAUUGAGUGUCUUUUACCAUUCAUCUUUAAAAAUCUUGAAAUCAAUAAAUCUCAGAAAAUCAUCCUUAA